AUGGGAGACACUUCGCCGGGAUCUAACGACGACGACGUGGUCUACAUCGGCACGCCUGUCUACACGUAUCCGUCUAUAGGAUGCACUGCCCCUUGCACCAUUGUGCUGGCCCCGAGCCCGCUGGAUUCCAAGACUGUUAUCUCGAUUUCCCUAUACAUAACAUUACUGCAAGUUGGCACGACCACGACGACAAUCACCGUUAAGGUGCCGGCUCAGACACUUACCGAAGUCCCUUUCUAUAACGUCCCGAUCCCCUCCAAUGUUGGGAAUCAGACGGUGGUUCAGCCGUACCCCUCGAUCACACUGCCUCCUACCAGUGUGCCAGUUACGUGGCUGCUCGAUGUCGAAGUUUUGGUCAAGAGCUGGGAGGGUAUCAUUGGACCGGGACCUCCUCCGCCCGGGCUUAUUCCGUGGCCAACUGGAUGGAACUGGAAAGGACCACGUCUGCCGCCUUGGCCUAAGCUCAAGAUCGGUCCAAAGUCUAAGCCGGAGGUCAUCCCUAAGAAGCCAGCGCGCUGCGAGACGAAAUCAGCCUCUAUAUGCAUGACUACUACUUCCUACGGCCUCGAAGAUAAGGGUACAACUACAAUCACUAUUACCUUACGCGUAAUCGAGACGUGCGUAACCAUCUAUAGCUGCGCAGUUUCUGACUACGACGAGGCGACGGCAACGGAUAACACUACUUGUUCUCUUAGCCGGAGGACGGCCCUAGUAGCACUUGUUCAUAGCACCACUGCUACCCCUAGCCCUAAUGCACUACAGCCGACGGUGACCAGUAGCCCUGAGCUCGUCCACAAGUCUUUGGACAUCCGCAGGAACGAUGUUAUCAUCUUUGCUAAAAGUAUAUGGGACUUUAAUAGUGACACUAAGGCGCUGGCCGACCGACUGGAAAAGUUGAAAAACGGACAGACACGGGUGAAAGUCGUGAGGGCACAGUCCACUAAGAGGGAACUUACGGCAUUCUGGUACGUCUCAGGGCUGCCCACGGGCCUGCACGCCAAGCUGUUACAGAUGAAAGCGUCGUGCGUCGACACGAAGCAUCCCGAGUUCAUUAGCAUCCGGGUGGCUAGUCCUCUUAAGACGCAGAACUGGGGCCUCGGGUAUACUGACGACUACGUCCACGGCACUGCUGUCUCUGCCCUUGCGGUGGGCCAGAACCUCGGCGUAGCACGCAGGGCGAUCCUAGUGCCGGUGCACAUAGGCACUGCCUUUGAGCGUAACUCGGACCCGGCCGAGCGUUACCUCGAGGUACUUGUUCUCGUGCUCGACAACAUCCUGGACACUAACAUCCCUAAGGAGGGUAAAGCCGUCGUUAGCAUGUCGUGGCAGAUCGGAGCUGGAAGCGUGCCUAAGGACUACGGGCGGGUUAUGCGGACCGUUCUCGAGGAGAUUGCGAGCGAGGGCGUCGUCCUCGUCGCAGCUUCUGGUAAUGGGCGCAAGAAAGGAUUCAACUCGGACGGCGGCUACCCCCAGCGCGUUAUAGGCCAGGGCCAUCUUACUGAGUCGUCUCUGGUCGUCGGAGCUACAGACGGCGCCGCACGCCUGGCAGGAAUUAGUGAGCGCUUCAGCGAUAACAAACUGAACCGCAUCAUCCACGCCCCUGGCGAUAAGCUCAAGGUAGUAGUCGCCGGCGGCUCGCAUAAAUGGAGCUCUGGCACAUCGUACUCGGCGCUAAAGGAGCCUGAUGACCCUCCGGAUGACCCCGACGACCCGCCCGGAGGCGGUGGUGAUCCGGGUCCGCUAACAUUCUACCUGAUGGACGUGACGUAUGUUACCGAGCUCGAAACUGGAUGGUACGGACAGGCCACUAAGUUAUCCAAUUGGGGCAACUGUGAUGUAAUGGACGUGCCGGCUGACAAGCUCGACGGGGCUAAAGGUGACUGGCCCACGUACCCUUGGCCGGAGAAAGAGUUUACCGGCGAGCUCUGCGACAAGAAGCUGAGGUAUAAGCGUAAGGAUCCUGGCGACUACGACGUCUUCGACCGGGAUUCUGGUAAGCAAGUUAGCAUCUGUACUAAAGCGCCUGAAGUGGAUGCCAAGAUCUGUGGCAUCUAG